UCCAGAUCAACUUCAGACACAGAGGAGACAUUCUACCAGACACGUCCCUAUAGAAGCUGCUGAUAGUGGUUCUGCAGGCGCUGUCCCCAUCACAUCUGAGACCUCUUGUGACCAAGUGACAAGGACAACGUCACUGAGAGAUGCAAUGAUGGAAGCGACGAGGGUAGCAGAAAAGUACAAACGCACCUAGAGGAUCCCAUAUCUCCAGAAGAAGCAUCUUCAGCACAUGAGAGAGAGCCAAGCGCUGGAGAGGAAGGCUCAGUAAGAUUGGAGAAGAGGGAGCCUCUGGGCCAGGAGAUGAAGAAAGAGCCUCACUGUCUGACACAGCUGUCCAAUGAAAGGUCAGAGGAUGGCCUGGGACAUUCACACAGGGACCUUGCCCUGGAUUCUUACCAUCUCCAUAUGGCUCUGCAGCCGAGUUCUCUGCAAUGAUAUUUUGGGUUUAAAGUUGCCCAAUGAUCCCAUCCUGACUCCCAACACUGUCUGCCUGACACUACCUGGCCUGAGUAAACGCCAGAUGGGACUGUGUGUGCGCAGUCCUGAUGUGACAGCUUCAGCUCUCCAGGGAAUCCAGAUUGCUAUCCAUGAAUGUCAGCACCAAUUAAAGGGCCAGCGCUGGAAUUGCUCCACUUUGGAGACUGGGGGGAAGGUACCACAUGACAGUGCUAUUCUGAAAAGAGGUUUUCGGGAGAGCGCCUUUGCCUUCUCUUUACUAGCUGCUGGGGUCAUGCAUUCAGUAGCCACAGCCUGUAGCCUGGGCAAAUUGCAAGGCUGUGGAUGUGAAUGGAAACGGAGGGGCACUGAGGAGAAGAUACGCUUAAAGUUGAACCAGCUACAACUCCAAGCUUUAUCUAAAGUGAGGGGUCUUCCAAGAGACUUGACUCCGCUGCUUCGGGAGACUCCUGAGCCCAGUCCUCAGGAUACUUGGGAAUGGGGUGGCUGCAAGCAUGAGCUGGAAUUUGGAGAGAAAUUUUCCAGGGAUUUUCUUGACUCCAGGGAGUCACCAAGAGAUAUUCAAGCACGAAUGAGGAUACAUAAUAACCGUGUGGGGAGACAGGCAGUGACAGAAAACAUGAAGCGUAGGUGUAAGUGCCACGGAACAUCUGGAAGUUGCCAGUUUAAGACUUGUUGGCAUGUUACCCCUGACUUUCGGACUGUUAGCACAUUGAUUCGUGAAAAACUGCAGCGUGCUGUUUUUGUGAACUCCCGUAAUAAAAAUAGUGGGGCCUUCCACCCGCGUCUCAACAAGAAACGACUGGCUCGUGAGCUUGUCUACUUUGAAAAGUCUCCAGAUUUCUGUGAGAGAGACCCUGUGGUUGACUCACCCGGUACUCAAGGAAGAGUAUGCAAUAAGACAAGCCAACAGAUGGACAACUGUGCCAGCCUUUGCUGCGGACGGGGUCAUAAUAUUUUAAUGCAGACACGCCAGGAACGAUGCAACUGUCGCUUUCACUGGUGUUGCUAUGUUAUGUGUGAGGAAUGUCGGGUCACACAAUGGGUCAACGUUUGCAAGUGAAGAGUUCUGCAACUUCUUCACAUCUCAGCUCUCAUUAUUGCAAUUAAUUUAUUCCUUCUCAGCACUGACAAUGUACAGUAUGUAUUUUAUGAGGUCACACGGAACUUGCUAUGUGAUUCAAACUAAUCCAGCAUCAAUGGGAAUUCUAUCCCAACUGUCACCCCAUGAAGACGAUACCUCUCAAGGUCUAGGCUUCCGUACAUCCCAGAAUACGUCAGAUGGACAAGCAAUACAUUUGGAUUUUUAAGAAGACCAGGAAAUCCAGUUAUUCCUUGGAUGAGACACUGUGAAUCUCAAAGUCAAGAAGAAUUGCAGUACUUAGUCAUACAAAUAAUAUACUUUCUAUAAAAGGAAGGAUUAAUAAUGAAAGAUGUUCUUUUACCAAAAGCCUUUAGUUUUGGACUUCUGGAAAUCAUUGUGUAAGUGAUGCACACUUACUCAAAAGUCCAGCUCAGAGACCUCCAUGGUUAUAAUGUCUUUGGAUAGGUUUAGCCCAUGACGGUCAGAGAGGAUGUAUAACUAGGAGGUUUAUUUAUUGGAGUUUGUGUACAUCUCUUAAAUUAAAGUAUGCUUUAGCUUA